CCGCCUACUCCCGUCAUGCACCUCGCGGUUCUAUCUAGGUGGCAGUCGGCUUACGUGCCAGAGUGCGGCGCGCGUUCCGGAGCGCGCACGUCGAGCGCGCAGCUCCUCCGUCGGCGGGCGGGCCGCGGCGGCGAGCGGAAGUGCCUGGGAGCGCCAGUUCCGUCUGUGUGUGUUCGAGUGGACAAGAUGGCGAAGAUCGCCAAGACUCACGAAGAUAUUGAAGCACAGAUUCGAGAAAUUCAAGGCAAGAAGGCAGCUCUUGAUGAAGCCCAAGGAGUGGGCCUUGAUUCCACAGGUUAUUAUGACCAAGAAAUUUAUGGUGGAAGUGAUAGCAGAUUUGCUGGAUAUGUGACAUCAAUUGCUGCAACUGAACUUGAAGAUGAUGACGAUGACUACUCAUCCUCGACCAGUCUGCUCGGUCAGAAGAAGCCUGGGUACCAUGCCCCCGUGGCACUGCUUAACGACAUACCGCAGUCGACAGAGCAGUACGAUCCAUUUGCUGAGCACCGUCCUCCGAAGAUCGCAGACCGGGAGGAUGAGUACAAGAAGCACAGGCGGACCAUGAUAAUCUCCCCAGAGCGUCUUGAUCCCUUUGCAGAUGGAGGGAAGACCCCUGACCCUAAAAUGAAUGCCAGAACUUACAUGGAUGUUAUGCGGGAACAGCAUUUGACUAAGGAAGAGAGAGAAAUUAGGCAACAACUAGCAGAAAAAGCUAAAGCUGGGGAGCUUAAAGUCGUGAAUGGAGCAGCAGCAUCCCAGCCCCCCUCAAAACGAAAACGGCGCUGGGAUCAAACCGCUGACCAGACUCCUGGUGCCACUCCCAAAAAGCUGUCAAGUUGGGAUCAGGCAGAGACCCCUGGACAUACCCCUUCUUUAAGAUGGGAUGAGACACCAGGUCGUGCAAAAGGAAGUGAAACUCCUGGAGCAACCCCAGGUUCAAAAAUAUGGGACCCUACACCUAGUCACACACCUGCGGGAGCUGCUACUCCUGGACGAGGCGAUACCCCAGGCCAUGCAACCCCAGGCCACGGUGGUGCAACUUCCAGUGCUCGUAAGAACAGAUGGGAUGAGACCCCCAAAACAGAAAGAGAUACUCCUGGGCAUGGAAGUGGAUGGGCUGAGACGCCUCGAACAGACCGAGGUGGAGACUCCAUCGGUGAGACACCCACUCCUGGAGCAAGCAAAAGAAAGUCUCGUUGGGAUGAAACGCCAGCUAGUCAGAUGGGUGGAAGCACUCCUGUUCUGACUCCAGGAAAGACACCAAUUGGCACGCCAGCCAUGAACAUGGCUACCCCCACGCCAGGUCACAUAAUGAGCAUGACUCCUGAGCAGCUUCAGGCAUGGCGGUGGGAGAGAGAAAUUGAUGAGCGGAACCGCCCACUUUCUGAUGAAGAAUUAGAUGCUAUGUUUCCAGAAGGAUACAAGGUCCUUCCCCCUCCAGCCGGUUAUGUCCCUAUCCGGACCCCAGCUCGUAAACUGACCGCAACCCCCACGCCUUUGGGCGGCAUGACUGGGUUCCACAUGCAGACGGAAGAUAGGACUAUGAAGAGUGUGAGCGACCAGCCGUCCGGGAACCUUCCGUUUCUGAAACCCGACGACAUCCAGUACUUUGAUAAGCUGUUGGUCGAUGUGGACGAAUCCACACUUAGUCCAGAGGAGCAGAAGGAGAGGAAAAUAAUGAAGUUGCUUUUGAAAAUUAAGAAUGGUACACCUCCAAUGAGAAAGGCUGCCUUACGUCAGAUUACUGAUAAAGCUCGAGAAUUUGGGGCUGGACCUUUGUUUAACCAGAUUCUUCCUUUGUUGAUGUCUCCUACACUUGAGGAUCAAGAGCGUCAUUUACUUGUGAAAGUUAUUGAUAGAAUAUUGUAUAAACUUGAUGACUUAGUGCGGCCGUAUGUGCACAAGAUUCUCGUGGUUAUUGAACCACUGCUGAUUGAUGAAGAUUACUAUGCUAGAGUGGAAGGCAGAGAAAUUAUUUCUAAUUUGGCAAAGGCCGCUGGUCUGGCUACUAUGAUUUCCACCAUGAGACCUGACAUAGAUAACAUGGAUGAGUAUGUCCGAAACACAACGGCUAGAGCUUUUGCUGUUGUAGCCUCUGCCCUGGGCAUUCCUUCUCUAUUGCCCUUCUUAAAAGCUGUGUGCAAAAGCAAGAAGUCUUGGCAAGCGAGGCACACUGGCAUUAAGAUUGUACAGCAGAUAGCUAUUCUUAUGGGCUGCGCUAUCUUGCCACAUCUCAGAAGCUUAGUUGAAAUCAUCGAACAUGGGCUUGUGGAUGAGCAGCAGAAAGUCCGGACCAUCAGUGCUUUGGCCAUUGCUGCUUUGGCUGAAGCAGCAACUCCUUACGGUAUCGAAUCUUUUGAUUCUGUACUCAAACCUCUAUGGAAGGGUAUCCGUCAACACAGAGGAAAGGGUUUGGCCGCUUUCUUAAAGGCUAUUGGGUAUCUUAUUCCUCUUAUGGAUGCAGAAUAUGCCAACUACUAUACUAGAGAAGUGAUGUUGAUCCUUAUUCGAGAGUUCCAGUCUCCAGAUGAAGAGAUGAAGAAAAUUGUAUUGAAGGUGGUGAAGCAGUGCUGCGGGACGGACGGGGUGGAAGCCAACUACAUUAAGACAGAGAUCCUCCCUCCUUUCUUCAAACACUUCUGGCAGCACAGAAUGGCUCUGGAUAGAAGAAAUUACCGACAGUUAGUUGAUACGACUGUGGAGUUGGCAAACAAAGUGGGAGCCGCAGAGAUCAUAUCUAGGAUUGUGGAUGAUCUGAAAGAUGAAGCUGAGCAGUACAGGAAGAUGGUGAUGGAGACAAUUGAGAAAAUUAUGGGCAACCUGGGUGCAGCAGAUAUUGAUCACAAACUCGAAGAGCAGCUGAUUGAUGGCAUUCUCUAUGCGUUCCAGGAACAGACCACAGAGGAUUCGGUAAUGUUGAACGGCUUUGGCACAGUAGUUAAUGCUCUUGGCAAACGAGUCAAACCGUACUUGCCUCAGAUCUGUGGUACUGUUUUGUGGCGUUUAAAUAACAAAUCAGCAAAGGUUCGGCAACAGGCAGCUGACUUGAUUUCCCGCACUGCUGUUGUAAUGAAGACUUGUCAAGAGGAAAAACUGAUGGGGCACUUGGGUGUGGUGCUGUAUGAAUACUUGGGUGAAGAAUACCCUGAAGUAUUGGGGAGCAUUCUCGGAGCGCUGAAGGCUAUUGUUAACGUUAUAGGUAUGCACAAGAUGACACCACCAAUUAAAGAUCUGCUGCCUAGACUCACCCCCAUCUUAAAGAACAGGCAUGAAAAAGUACAGGAGAAUUGUAUCGAUCUCGUUGGACGCAUUGCUGACAGGGGAGCAGAAUAUGUAUCUGCAAGAGAGUGGAUGAGGAUUUGCUUUGAACUUUUAGAGCUCCUAAAAGCACACAAAAAGGCCAUUCGAAGAGCUACUGUCAACACUUUCGGGUACAUUGCGAAGGCCAUCGGCCCUCAUGACGUAUUGGCUACGCUUUUAAACAACCUCAAAGUUCAGGAAAGGCAGAACAGAGUUUGCACCACUGUGGCCAUCGCCAUUGUUGCUGAGACAUGCUCCCCCUUCACAGUGCUCCCCGCCUUAAUGAAUGAGUACAGAGUUCCUGAACUUAACGUCCAAAACGGAGUGCUGAAAUCCCUGUCCUUCUUGUUUGAGUACAUCGGCGAAAUGGGGAAAGACUACAUCUACGCGGUAACGCCUUUACUCGAGGACGCGUUAAUGGACAGGGACCUUGUGCACAGGCAGACAGCUAGCGCAGUGGUACAACACAUGUCACUUGGUGUCUAUGGCUUUGGCUGUGAAGACUCUCUGAAUCACUUACUGAACUAUGUAUGGCCGAAUGUGUUUGAGACAUCACCCCACGUGAUCCAGGCCGUCAUGGGAGCUCUGGAGGGCCUGAGAGUUGCUAUUGGACCCUGCAGAAUGUUGCAGUACUGCUUACAGGGUCUGUUUCACCCAGCUCGGAAAGUCAGAGAUGUGUACUGGAAGAUUUACAACUCCAUCUACAUUGGCUCCCAGGACGCUCUCAUAGCACAUUACCCGAGGAUCUACAACGAUGAUAAGAACACCUAUAUUCGUUACGAACUUGACUAUAUCUUGUAAUUUUAUCUUGUGUCUAAUGCACAGCUGUUUCACACCUUAAACUUGCUUCUGUCUGAUAUAAACUUGUAAAACAUUGCAGAUCAGUGUAGAGCUGGUCAUAGAGGAAGGUAGAAAUCCAGUAGCAUGAUUUUGAAAUAACUUUGUUUUUGAUGUUAAACAGUAAACGCCAGUAGUGACCAAGGACGCAGUGAUUACACACUAUACUGGAGGGAUUGUCAUUUUUUAUUCAUCUUUAUGAAGAUUUAGAAUUCAUUCCUUGUGUUUAAAGGGAAUGUUAAAUUGAGAAAUAAACAUUCGUGUACAAAAUGCUAAUUUGUGUGUGUUUUUUGAAUAUACUUGUAAAAUGAAGAACUUUGGUAAAGUUGGUUUGUGUAGAAUAAGUGGUUUAACUUCAUUUUCUGUCACCUGGUUUACUACAGAACGUAGUUAGCAGGACAGACUGUACAGUGGUGGCCCCUGUCAAAGUCCAUUGUUGAUGAGAAGAGUCCCUUUGGGGCGCUCCCCUCAGUGUGGCGUGAGCAUCCUCCACCGUAGAAGAGUCGCACUUUGGCCGAGCUGUCUUGAAUAUUAUUUGUACUUACAUAGCACCUGUCACCUCGUGAUGUCUCAAUGCUUUGUGACGGGCAGAGAGGAUGUAUUUUAGGUCGUGUCCAGCUCCUGGUGGGCCGUGUGCGGACAGUGGGAACGCUCGCUCUUUCCUUCAGAACUCUUCUCUCUGUUGGGAACAGUGCUGUCUGAGGAUGCACAGGUGCAUCUGACCUGGCUUUGCCUUUGGAACCAGUAUAAUGGAAGGGGCCAUAUGCAGAGUCCUUACAGAUCAGGAUGCUGUAUGGGAGAAGUAGAAAGUUAAAAGAAAACGCCUGGAUUUGAUUUGUUUGUAGCAGACAGAUAUAACACAGUAGUUUACAUGUGCAGCGUGAGCCAACAUGCCCCUUGGUUCUAGAAGAGCCAAGCAUUCAGGCUCUCAAUGUUUAAAUCAGUUUUAUACCCCAAAUUUCUUGUUUUUUUAACCUUUUUUCCCCAUCACUGUUUUGUCUUCCUCUGUUUGUAUUUCUGUUGAUUCUAGAGGGAAAUGAUUCUGCCAUCAGUGGGACUAGCGUAUGACUUUGCUCUUCAGAACAACUCGGAUUUGACUAACCAAGAAGUCUCUCCACUGGACACCAAGAAACAGCUUCUGCUCUGCUUUUAUAGAAUUGAUACCGAGCAUUAAAUGUUCCCGGGCAGGGCACAUAGCUUCUUGUUUUUCCUUGUGUGUAGUCUGACUUCUAUCAAACACAAAUUCCCAGACCACUUUCCUGUUCUUAGAAAUUUUCUAGCCAGGCCCUAUGCACUUUUAAAUAUCGCUGUUUUGUAUAGUUGAUUUCAGAUAACCCUCGGGAAUUAGUAAUCUUGGGAAUUGGAUACAAUUCUCAAAGUUAAGAUUUAAUUAUCAGUUAAAAUACUUAAUAUAGCUGAAGUUUGUGUAUGUAGCUCCUUGCUAUUUAUGGGAAAUAAGCUUUGCGUUAGAAACAGAGCUGACAGAAGACCGUCUGCUUGAGUGACAUUUUGCUGAUGGAGGUGAUUGCAGGAUGGAUAAGGGAAAGAAAUGCUAAAGGCUGUAACCUCAAGAUUUUGACCAAAUAGAUCCUCAAAGGUGUUUGGGUUGUUUGAUGCUCUUAGUAAGGAAAACAUUCUGUGAUGUACCCUUGUGAAAGAUGUUUACGUGAUGUUUGAACUUCUCGAAGACCGUUCGCACUUUGAUGUUUUUUAAGGCAAAGCUUAGGCGGGAAGAAUUAAUGUUCUUUAGGGGCAGGUCUUUACUCUGGCCCUUUCCCGUUCUUCCUCCCCCUCCCCCUCCCCCCAUGGGCCAUUGCCCUCUGGAGUUAAUUUCUUUGGCUGUUUGAUUUUUUUAUAUUGUAUUUUUAAAAUUUGCUGUACGAUGCCCUGUGAGCAUCAUGUACCACCAGAUAAAUAAAAUUUAUUAUAUUUAAAGUCGUA